AUGCUCACAAGAACCUUAGCGUCAGCUGUUUUGCGCCAGAGCUCUCUGUAUGGNAGUGAAUUGCCUUUUCAGAAAACACUUCAUCUCAAGAAUCCUAUGAAUGAUUACAAGCCUGUCAAGAUUAGUCGAGAUUGCCAGGAAUUACCUGAAGAUAUCGGUGAAGCACUUUGUGAACUCCUUGAUGCAAAUAGCUGCGAUGACGGGUUGCUCAAUAGCUCUUCAAGGGAUGAUUAUUCAACAAAAAGGUCCCGCGCAGAACCUCCGUCUUCCUCAGGAGAUGAAGAGUAUAAUAACAAUCUGUGGGGCCAUACAGCCAUGCCUUACCCUCCUGCGGUCUACCCAAACCAGGAUGACCUCAGCAGAUUUCAUCUUGCACUACAGAGAGGAUAUGGAGUACACUCGGAAUAUCUCCAUACAUCAUCAGGUGCAUCUAACUCUCACACGGAGCAAGAAAAGUCUUUACGAUUCAACUGGUGGGGUCUGCCUUUGGAAAGCCCUCUUGCGAGUUCCCUAACCGAUGAUGAUUUGCUUAACAUGUCUUAUGAAGAAUACCUUGAAACCCACAGCAGAUGCAUGAAACAACUUGAUCAUCCUGUGAUGCCACAAUCACGGGCCACUCAAGAGCCAUCAAGUAAAACAGAUGAUGUAAGCAAUGGUUCAUCAAAAGACAGGUCAUCAUCAAGAAAGAGAGGACGAGAUUCAUCCUAGAAUUCAACUCCAAACUCCAAACUUAGCAGGAUAGUAUGGUGAUCUGAAGAAGUUGUUGUUAUGUUGUAAUUCAUGUUCAUUUGGUCUGGUGGUUUAUAGAAAUCAGAAGAUUGUAACUAAAAGUUUUUUCAUUUGAUUGCCAAAACUUGUACAGUUUCAAACUUGGCAAAACGUAAACUUUUGGAAACCUAAACCCGAAAUUGGGGUUUGUAAGAUCUUUUAGUUAUAAAAGAUGAGUUUCCAAUCAUA